AUGUUUAAAAAAGCAGCAUCGGCCUUUCCACCCCCACUGACAUCUCCCCUUUUCUCCUCCACAGCCUUUUAUAACUACGACGCCCGGGGAGUGGACGAGCUUUCCUUACAGAUAGGAGACACCGUGCACAUCUUAGAAACGUAUGAAGGCUGGUACAGAGGUUACACCUUAAGAAAAAAGUCUAAGAAGGGUAUAUUUCCUGCCUCAUAUAUUCAUCUUAAAGAAGCAAUCGUUGAAGGAAGAGGGCAAGAUGAAACGGUCAUCCCCGGCGACCUGCCGCUCAUUCAGGAGGUCACCACGACGCUCCGGGAGUGGUCCACCAUCUGGCGGCAGCUCUACGUGCAAGACAACAGGGAGAUGUUCCGCAGCGUGCGGCACAUGAUCUACGACCUCAUCGAGUGGCGGUCGCAGAUCCUCUCCGGGACGCUGCCCCAGGACGAGCUCAAGGAGCUGAAGAAGAAGGUCACAGCCAAGAUCGACUAUGGAAACAGAAUUCUCGAUUUGGACUUGGUGGUGAGAGACGAGGAUGGGAACAUCUUGGAUCCGGAACUAACCAGCACCAUCAGCCUCUUCAGAGCUCAUGAAGUGGCGUCCAAACAAGUGGAGGAAAGGUUACAGGAAGAAAAGUCCCAGAAGCAGAACAUGGACAUCAGCCGGCAGGCGAAGUUCGCCGCCACCCCCUCCCUGGCCUUGUUCGUCAACCUCAAAAACGUGGUGUGCAAAAUCGGAGAGGAUGCCGAGGUGCUCAUGUCUCUCUAUGACCCCGUGGAGUCCAAGUUCAUCAGUGAGAACUACCUGGUUCGCUGGUCCAGCUCAGGAUUGCCUAAAGACAUAGACAGAUUACAUAACCUGCGGGCUGUUUUCACUGACCUCGGCAGCAAAGACCUGAAGAGGGAGAAAAUCAGCUUCGUCUGUCAGAUCGUCCGCGUGGGCCGCAUGGAGCUGAGGGACAACAACACGCGGAAGCUGACCUCGGGCCUGCGGCGGCCCUUCGGCGUGGCCGUGAUGGAUGUAACAGAUAUAAUAAAUGGAAAAGUAGACGACGAGGACAAACAGCAUUUCAUCCCCUUCCAGCCGCUCGCGUUGGACGACGCCAUUCGACACAAGCCGCUGAACGUGUCAUCCCGUUUUUCACCCAGGGUGGCAGGGGAGAAUGACUUCCUACAGACGGUUAUAAACAAAGUCAUUGCUGCCAAAGAAGUCAACCACAAGGGCCAAGGCCUGUGGGUCACUCUGAAGUUGCUCCCUGGAGACGUCCAUCAGAUCAGGAAGGAGUUUCCUCACUUAGUGGACAGGACCACGGCCGUGGCUCGGAAGACGGGGUUCCCCGAGAUCAUCAUGCCUGGUGAUGUUCGAAAUGACAUCUACGUGACAUUAGUCCAAGGAGAUUUCGAUAAAGGAAGCAAAACCACGGCGAAGAAUGUCGAGGUCACGGUGUCUGUUUACGAUGAAGACGGCAAGCGGCUGGAGCACGUCAUCUUCCCGGGCGCCGGCGACGGGGCCAUUUCCGAGUACAAGUCCGUCAUUUACUACCAGGUCAAGCAGCCGCGCUGGUUCGAGACCGUGAAGGUGGCCAUCCCCAUCGAGGACGUCAACCGCAGCCACCUCCGCUUCACCUUCCGACACCGCUCCUCGCAGGACUCCAAGGAUAAAUCCGAGAAAAUAUUUGCACUGGCGUUUGUGAAGCUGAUGAGAUACGACGGGACGACACUGAGGGAUGGCGAGCAUGACCUCAUCGUCUACAAGGCCGAGGCGAAGAAGCUGGAAGACGUGGCCACGUACCUGAGCCUGCCCUCCACGAAGGCGGAGCUGGAGGAGAAGGGCCACUCGGCCACGGGCAAGGGCAUGCAGAGCCUGGGCAGCUGCACCAUCAGCAAAGACUCCUUCCAGAUCAGCACCCUGGUCUGCUCCACGAAGCUCACCCAGAACGGUGAGUGUGGGCGGUGCGCCUCGCCAGACACCGUCUCCCCCGCCGACCCUGGCCCUGCUUCAGCCCUGCGCCAGGUGCGGUUGAACCAGGAGGCCACGGCUCCCGGCUGUCACGCUCUGUGCUGUGAUGGCGUCCCUUGUCGGGUGGACCUGCUGCAGAGACGCUGGGUGAACCCCCUGCGCCACAUGCGGGUGAACCAGGAGGCCACGGCUCCCGGCUGCCACGCUCUGAGCUGUGAUGGCGUCCCUUGUCGGGUGGACCUGCUGCAGAGACGCUGGUUCCUCCAGGACACCCUGGACGCGCUGUUCAACAUCAUGAUGGAGAACUCGGAGAGCGAGACCUUCGACACGCUCGUGUUUGAUGCUCUGGUGUUCAUCAUCGGACUCAUUGCCGAUAGGAAGUUCCAGCACUUCAACCCCGUGCUGGAAACCUACAUUAAGAAGCACUUCAGUGCGACGCUAGCCUACACGAAGCUGACGAAAGUGUUGCGGAACUACGUGGACAACGCCGAGAAGCCGGGAGUCAACGAGCAGCUGUACAAAGCGAUGAAGGCCCUGGAGUACAUCUUCAAGUUCAUCGUGUCCCGCGUGCUCUUCAACCAGCUCUACGAGAACAAGGGCGAGGCCGACUUCAUGGAGUCCCUCCUGCAGCUGUUCCGGUCCAUCAGCGCCAUGAUGAGCAGCAUGUCGGACCAGACCCUCAGGGUGAAGGGGGCAGCGCUGAAGUACCUGCCAACGAUCGUCAACGACGUGAAAUUGGUGUUUGAUCCCAAAGAGCUCAGCAAGAUGUUUACUGAUUUCAUCCUCAACGUUCCCGUGGGCUUGCUGACCAUCCAGAAGCUGUACUGCUUGAUCGAGAUCAUCCACAGUGACCUCUUCACACAGCACGACUGCAGGGAGCUCCUGCUGCCCAUGAUGACGGACCAGCUCAAGUACCACCUGGAGCGGCAGGAGGACCUGGAGGCCUGCUGCCAGCUGCUCAGCAACAUGCUGGAGGUGCUGUCCCGCAAGGACGUGGGCCCCACCCAGCGGCACGUGCAGCUCAUCAUGGAGCGGCUCCUCCGGACGGUGAACCGCACGGUCAUCUCCAUGGGCCGGGACUCGGAGCUCAUCGGAAACUUCGUGGCUUGCAUGACCGCGAUUUUGCGGCAGAUGGAAGAUUAUCAUUAUGCCCAUUUGAUCACGACUUUCGGGAAGAUGAGGACGGACGUGGUGGACUUCCUGAUGGAAACCUUCAUCAUGUUCAAGAACCUCAUUGGGAAGAACGUGUACCCGUUCGACUGGGUGAUCAUGAACAUGAUGCAGAACAAAGUCUUCCUGCGAGCGAUUAAUCAGUAUGCAGAUAUGCUGAACAAAAAAUUCCUGGAUCAAGCCAACUUCGAGCUGCAGCUCUGGAACAACUACUUCCACCUGGCGGUCGCGUUCCUCUCCCAGGAGUCCCUGCAGCUUGAGAACUUCUCAAGCGCCAAGAGAGUCAAGAUCCUGAACAAGUAUGGAGACAUGAGGAGACAGAUCGGCUUCGAGAUCAGGGACAUGUGGUACAACCUCGGUCAGCACAAGAUAAAGUUCAUUCCGGAAAUGGUCGGCCCCAUGUUGGAGAUGACGCUGAUCCCCGAGACGGAGCUGCGAAAGGCCACCAUCCCCAUCUUCUUCGACAUGAUGCAGUGUGAGUUCCACUCCACGCGCACCUUCCAGAUGUUCGAAAACGAGAUCAUCACCAAGCUGGACCACGAGGUGGAAGGCGGCCGCGGGGACGAGCAGUACAAAGUGCUCUUCGAUAAGAUCCUCCUGGAGCACUGCCGGAAGCACAAGUACCUGGCCAAGACGGGCGAGACGUUCGUGCGGCUGGUGGUGCGCCUGAUGGAGCGGCUGCUGGACUACAGGACCAUCAUGCACGACGAGAGCAAGGAGAACCGCAUGAGCUGCACCGUCAACGUGCUGAAUUUCUACAAAGAGAUUGAAAGAGAAGAAAUGUAUAUCAGGUACCUGUACAAACUGUGUGACCUGCACAAGGAGUGUGACAACUACACGGAGGCGGCGUACACCCUGCUGCUCCACGCGAAGCUGCUGAAGUGGUCGGAGGAUGUGUGCGUGGCCCACCUCACCCAGCGGGACGGGUACCAGGCGACGACGCAGGGGCAGCUGAAGGAGCAGCUGUACCAGGAGAUCAUCCACUACUUCGACAAGGGCAAGAUGUGGGAGGAGGCCAUCGCCCUGGGCAAGGAGCUGGCCGAACAGUACGAAAACGAAAUGUUUGAUUAUGAGCAGCUCAGCAAACUGCUGAAAAAACAAGCUCAGUUCUACGAAAACAUCGUCAAGGUGAUCAGACCCAAGCCGGACUACUUCGCUGUCGGCUACUACGGACAGGGAUUCCCCACGUUCCUGAGGGGCAAAGUUUUCAUCUACCGGGGGAAGGAGUACGAACGCCGGGAAGACUUUGAGGCUCGGCUCUUAACUCAGUUCCCAAACGCCGAGAAAAUGAAGACAACGUCCCCGCCCAGCGAGGAGAUCAAAAGCUCCCCCGGCCAGUAUAUCCAGUGCUUCACGGUGAAGCCCAAGCUGGACCUGCCCCCGAAAUUCCACAGGCCAGUCUCGGAGCAGAUCGUGAACUUUUACAGGGUGAACGAGGUCCAGCGAUUUGAAUAUUCUCGGCCGGUCCGAAAGGGAGAGAAAGACCCAGACAAUGAAUUUGCGAACAUGUGGAUCGAGAGGACCGUCUACACGACCGCGUACAAGCUGCCUGGAAUUCUCAGGUGGUUUGAGGUCAAGUCCGUUUUCAUGGUGGAGAUCAGCCCCCUGGAGAACGCCAUCGAGACCAUGCAGUUGACCAACGACAAGCUGGACAGCAUGGUGCAGCAGCACCUGGAGGACCCCAGCCUGCCCAUCAACCCCCUCUCCAUGUUCCUCACCGGCAUCGUGGACCCGGCCGUCAUGGGCGGCUUCACCAACUACGAAAAGGCCUUCUUCACGGAGCGGUACCUGCAGGAGCACCCGGAGGCGCACGAGAAGAUCGAGAAGCUCAAGGACCUGAUCGCGUGGCAGAUCCCGUUCCUGGCCGAAGGGAUCCGGAUUCACGGGGAGAAGAUCACCGAGGCCCUGCGGCCCUUCCACGAGCGCAUGGAGGCCUGCUUCCGGCAGCUGCGGGAGAAGGUGGAGAAGCAGUACGGCGUCCGGGCCAUGCCCUCCAGCCUGGAUGACCGGCGAGGCAGCCGCCCGCGGUCCAUGGUGCGGUCCUUCACCAUGCCCUCCUCGUCCCGGCCCCUGUCGGUGGCCUCGGUCUCCUCCCUGUCAUCGGACAGCACGCCCUCCAGGCCGGGCUCGGAUGGGUUCGCCCUGGAGCCCCUGCUGCCCAAGAAGAUGCACUCCCGGUCGCAGGACAAGCUGGACAAGGACGACCCCGACAAGGACAAGAAGGACAAGAAGAAGGAGAAGCGGAACAGCAAACACCAGGAGAUAUUCGACAAGGAGCUGAGGCCCGUGGACGCGGCCCCGCAGGGGUCUGAGGCCGUGAUCCUGUCCGAGACGAUAAGCCCCCUGCGGCCCCAGAGGCCGAAGAGCCAGGUGAUCAACGCCAUCGGGAGCGAGCGGCGCUUCUCCGUGUCCCCGACGUCACCCACCGCCCAGCAGACGCCCCCGCCGGUCAUGCCCCGGACCAAGCUCAGCUUCAGCCUGCAGUCCAGUUUGGAGCUGAACGGCAUGACCGGGAUGGACGUGGCCGAGGUCCCGCCCCCUCUGCCCCUGAAGGGCAGCAUGGCGGAUUAUGGGAACCUGAUGGACAGCCAGGACCUGCUGGGCUCGCCCCCGCCCCCGCCGCCCCCUCCUCACCACAGGCACCUGCCGCCCCCGCUGCCCAGCAAGACCCCGCCCCCGCCGCCCCCGAAGACCACGCGCAAGCAGACGUCCGUGGACUCCGGGAUCGUGCAGUGAGCGAGCCGUCCCCCCUCGUCCCCUCUGUCUGGCGUUUACCUCAUCGGACCCGUGAUGUCUGACACUCGGGGCAGAUGCUCCUCCUUAAAAUGAGUUUGUUCUCAGCCGUGGGAUGCGCAGCCCUUCGGAGUGGGGAGCGAGGUGGACGCAGGCCGGGGCAUCCUGGGCGUGUGUCCACAUCGGGGGCUGCCGAUGGGCCUCCCUGAGAGCCCAAGUCUUGCCCCAAAGCCCUUCCUUUCGGUGCCAAAUGACACCUGAGCAGGAGCAGGUGGAGCUGACCUGAGCGCGGCCGGGUUAGCCCAUCGGCCUGAGAACCGCGAGCGCUGGGCGUCGGGCGUCACGCCUUCUCCUCGGCCAGACCCAGCUUCCCCCCGGGAUGGGGUGCAGCCCUCCUCCCUCCGCGCUGCGGCUCACGGGGACCUUGGCUGGUUGGACGUAUCCUCUUCCACCGACAUCGUAACAUCAACCCUUUCCGGAGUUCCUGGUCGCCUUUGGGAUAAUUUAAAAUAGGAUAUUUCUCAGCUACUGAACAGCUACUAAUUUAUGGAGUGGAAACACGCUUACAAAUCCUGGAUCAAGUGGAAAAAUAACUCUGAGUAUAGGAAGAUCCGUUUUCUUUCUCUUUUUAAAUAAAGAAUGGGUGAGCCCCGGGAGGUGGCCGAACGGGGUGAAUUCUCGUCCUCUGUACAGACUGUGUACAUACGAUGGCUCUCGGGGCUCGUCUUCGUCUCUGUGGGCCUCGCGUUUAUUGGAACAGGUGUCCGCAGGCGUUCUCCACGUGGGCUCUUCAUUUUUAGUUCCUGGAAAUGUAAAAAAAAUAAAUAAACAGUCCACGUGAAGUUCUGUCGUUGUUUUUUCAAAGCUCCAAUGUCCUGAAAAUGUCGCUGAAUGAUGAUUUUGAAAAAAAACAAAACAAAAACUAACUUUGUGUAACCUAAUAUUUUUAUUCUGUCAUCUAUAUUUUUUUAUUCACUGUAAUCAUGAUACCCUUCUAGUAGGCUCCAGAGUUAAUCACUGACAAUGGAAAAUAAAAUGUUAUUUUAAAAGA